UCCAAGACAGUGAAAGACUAGGGAGAGGGAUGGCUAGUGAGGUUUAGAUCAUGUUGAGCCCUACCUUUGUUUUGUGGGAUGUUGGAUAUCCCUUAUACACCUAUGGAUCCAUCUGCAUUAUUGCAUUAAUUAUUUGGCAAGUGAAAAAGAGCCGCCAAAAAUUAAGCUUGGGACCUAACAGGAGCUGUUGCCGGAUAUGGGAAAAAAUGGUGUAGCAGCUUUGCAUUCUAAUGUUUUUGUCUUUACGUGUCACCGAAGAGUCCAGCAAAAGUCUGGAGAUAGAACAUCAAGAGCUAGGAGAACUUCACAGGAAGAAGCCGAGAAGUUGUGGAAGCUGCUGUUUCUCAUGAAAAGCCAGGGCUGGCUUCCUCAGGAAGGAAGUGUGCGGCGAAUCCUGUGUGCAGACCCCUGCUGCCAAAUCUGCAAUGUUAUGGCUCUGGAGAUUAAGCAAUUGCUGGCGGAAGCUCCAGAAGUUGGCUUGGAUAACAAGAUGAAGCUGUUUCUGCACUGGAUUAACCCUGAAACGAAAGAUCGAAGGCAUGAGGAAUCCAUUCUCCUUUCUAAGGCUGAGACAGUGACCCAAGACAGGACAAAAAACAUUGAGAAGAGUCCAACUGUCACCAAAGAUCAUGUGUGGGGAGCUACAACAGAGAAGACAACAGAGGACCCUGAGGCUCAGCCUCCUUCUACUGAGGAGGAAGGCCUGAUCUUCUGUGAUGCCCCCAGUGCCUAAAUAAUCUGCUCUAGCAACACUCCCUUCAGUCCAGCCAAUCCUGGGUCCUGUGCCACUCCUACAAAUGCUCCACACUCUGUCCUCAAAUGACUUGCGCCACUCAACCAGGAAAUCUAUCCCAGGUCUAACUCACCUCAGCAGAAGGCAUUGCUUUAUGCAAGAAUACCCAUCACAAGAAAAAGGAGUUCAUAGGUUCCUGAACCUCUGCAUCCCCCUGAAAAAGGCUUUCAUUGCCAUUUCCAUUAACAUGCAGGUGAAGCAGGGCAUUCUCCAAAUAUACUUUUUACCUUUAAGCAAA